AUGCGGCGCCAAACUUCUUACGACGAUGAACUGAGGGCUCUGAGGGCUGACCAGGCUUGUGAAUACAUUCUAGGAGAUAUCAAUUUCAUAGACUGGUAUCAUGGUUCAGGUUCUCGCCAGCUGGUGAUACUUGGUGAAAUGGGCCGUGGAAAGACUGUUACUAUGGCAUUCAUCAUAGAUCACCUGCGUCAGAGGAAGGAUGACCAACUCCCAAAUCCCAAGAUAUGCUACUAUUAUUGCCGGAACGAUGAGACUGGCACCGAAGUUCCGAUAUUGUCUGCUUUGAUACUGUCCCUUCUUCAGCAGCUACCAGGUCUAAAGCGACGAUUCUCUGAUUGGUACAAAGAGGCAGAAACACUUGGAUCUUACGAUCCAGCAGCAAGUGUAGGAAAUCUUGAAGAGUUCAUGCAGAAGGUGCUGGAAGCGGUUGACCGGGCUGUCUUCAUCGUAAUCGACGGAAUCGACGAGUGCGACAAGGUCUCCACACGAAGGCUCCUCAAAUUCUUGAAAAGUCUGUCGGAGAACAUUAUCAGCCUCAGAAUCCUCCUAUCGUCCCGCCCGCAGGAGAAAGUGCUAUGCCAGUUGGGCAAUGCCGCAAAGAUCGAACUAGACUGCAAUGUUCACAGAGAUAGAAUCAUUGUUGAGAAAACUGUCGACAGGCAUUUGACUGACCUACCAGCGGAAGUCAGAGCACUUGUCAUAAGAGAACUAUCUCCUCUAGCACAAGGAAGUGCUAUAUGGACGAAGAUGACAGUACAGCUCCUCGAACUCCGUGAUCUCACUAAUUAUGAUCAGAUAAGACGCUUCGUGAAAGAAGUGGCACUACCCCACGACCUCUCAGAGCUCUAUGGUUCGUUACUCUCCCGAUGUACUGGAGACGAUUCUGAAAACGUUCAGCUGGCCACCACCGCGCUGAAAGUUCUUGCCGUUACCUGCAGACCUUUGAGCAUCCUAGAACUCGCUUGGGCUGUCACUUUGAGUGAAGCCGACAAUAUCUCCACCGUGAAUGCUCUUAGUAAGCUGGUCGACUAUCGGAGAAUCCUGGGUCUCAUUCACCCCUUCAUAUCUCGCGUCGACUUUAAUGACGUAAAGAAGUAUCAAGUUCGACUUGUACACCAAUCAGUCAAGGAGUUCAUUCUCCGAGAGUUCACCUCAAAGUAUCUUCGCGCCCACGGUUCUGCUUCAGAGGAAUCUGGUCGAAAGUCAAUUGAUCAAUGCUCUGAGAGACUGGAAGCCUUUAUCCUGAGGAUUUGCAUCAGGUACCUUCUUUUGGAUGACAUUGAUAUCAAAGACCUAUUCACCGAAGAGCAAGCGGCGAUCGCGGAGCUACCCCCAGAAUGCGAUAUAUUCAGUGACAACGAAGGGCCGGUCGACUACGAUGCUAAUUGCACGUGGGAGGUAUGGGAAGAAGACAUGAUUCGUUUCGAGCCGGCUGAGAGAGGCCUUGGUGAAUUUUUUGUCUAUGCAUCAUGCUAUUGGUUGAAGCAUUUUGAUGAUGUCGAGGUUGAACCGCUCCCCUGCCUCCUAAACAUAGAAAGGUUGUGUCAAGCAGGAUCAAUUCGACUCCACAACUGGACUCAACAAAACUGUCGCCCAAGCUGCACAGUCACUCCUCGGUUUGAGUUUGACUACAGGCUCUAUGAUCCCUUGAGCAUAACUUCACUGUAUGGCUCGGUGCAAAUGCUACGUGAUUUACUGAAGCGCUCGAGCUUCGCCAAGGACUUUUAUCUUCCCAGUUCAGUUAUGGGGGCAGCUGAGCAGAUUCUCAGAUGGGGAGACAUUUCAAGACUCCAAAUACUUUUCUUGGAUGAUCAAGUCGGCCGGCCACCAGUUACAAAAUCUCGACUUUUUUCGAAGUCUCAUCAAAACAUGGCAGAAUCCCCCUACAAAUCACCCCAACUGGAAUGA